AGCAUCAAUUGCACUAGCAGGCAACCUCGCGCCUCUCACGCUCUAGCCGGCGCGACAGCUGCCCAAGAUGAACGGUGACGGCUAUUCCCGAGACGGUGGCCGUGCGGGCGGAUCAAGGGGAUACUCCUCCAGGGACGACCAUCGCGAUCGCGACCGUCGCCGCCGCCGCUCGCGCUCCCCGCGCCACAGCUCCCGCCGCGACUACGAGGUGGACACCUACUCCUCGAGCCGAGACUACCGUGAGCGCGAGCGCGAAGACACAUACGCCCGCCGUGAGCGACGCGACGAUCGGGGCGACCGCGGCGACCGGGCAUGGGGCGAUUCCUACUCGAGGCGCGACCGCCCGCGACACGAGCGCGACGAGGAUCGUGGGCACCGGCGGGAGCGGGGAGAGGGUAUGCGCGACUUCAACGACGACCGACGAGGGCGGGGCCGAGAGGGAGUCGGCUUCGGUGGGCGUGACAGGAGGAAGUCAGCUUCUCCUCCCUAUAAGAAGCGCGAGCCGACACCCGACCUGGGCAGUUUUGUGUCCAUUCUUGACCGUCCGCGCCGCCUGACCCAGUGGGACAUUAAGCCGUCUGGCUACGACGGUAUCACGGCUGAGCAGGCCAAGCUGUCCGGCAUGUUCCCGCUCCCUGGAGCCCCCCGCGCUGCGCCCAUGGACCCAUCCCGCCUGGCCGCCUUCGUGAGCCCCUCGGCUGGUACCGCUUCCGCCUCUGCUCUGCAACCGGCCAACGCCAAGCAGGCGAAGCGCCUGUUCAUGCACAAUCUUCCUCUCGACGCCACCUCGGAGGAGAUUGUCGAGUUCUGGAAUCUGCAACUGAACGGCCUCAAUGUUGUGUCUGGCCCAGAUCCCUGCUUGACCGCACAGAUUGCGAACCACCACGAGUAUGCGCUGGUCGAGUUCAAGACGGCCGAGGACGCGACGGUGGCUCUAGCCAUGGACGGCAUCUCUAUGCGUGAUAGCGGUGCUGGAGGCCCAGACCGAGAAGGUCUGUCCAUUCGACGACCGAAAGAUUAUAUCACCCCGUCUGCUGAGGGCGCCGUGUACACCGGAGAAGAAGUUUCGUCCGACGUCAAGGAUAGCCCGAACAAACUGAGCAUAGUCAACAUCCCGACGUAUGUCGAGGAAAGCCAGGUGCGCGAGCUUGUGGAAACGUUCGGAAAGCUAAAAGCAUUUGUGCUGGUCAAGGAUACCGGCACCGAACAGCAUCGCGGCAUCGCCUUCUGCGAGUACGAAGAUUCCGACAUCGUCGACGCCGUUAUCGAGGGCCUGAACAGCAUUCCGCUCGGCGACGGCAACCUCAAAGUCACACGCGCUACAGUCGGCGUGCAACAGCAGAUCGGUUUCGAUGGCGGCGUGGGAGCUAUCUCCAUGUUGGCGGGCUCCGGCGCUGCCGACAACCACGAGAAGAGCCGUGUGCUCAUGCUCCUGAACAUGGUGACACAAGACGAGCUCAUCAAUGACGAUGAAUAUGACGAAAUCAAGCAAGACGUUGAAGAAGAGUGCGCCAAGUACGGCCCCGUUAUCGAACUCAAGAUCCCUCGUCCCACCGGUGCCCGCUCCAACCUAGGAGUCGGCAAGAUAUACAUCAAGUACCAGGACCCAGAGUCCGCGCAGAAAGCCAUCAAGGCUCUUGCUGGCCGGCAAUUCUCGAGGAGGACGGUGGUCGUCACCGAGUUCUCCGAGGAGAGCUUUGACGUUGACGCUUGGUAAUUGUUGGCUGCACAUCUUCCGGAAUGCCAGUCUCCUUGGAGCCGGUGGCGCCUAGCGCGUAUUGUACCAUCUCUUAGUUGCGCGAG